AUGCUGCCAUUGUUGCGCAAAAGCAAAACAAUGAGAUGCCUUCUCACCCAAUUACUCCUCCCUUCUGAUUUUAUCAACACCACCGCCAUUCUCAAAGCUUCUCUCUCUCUCCACAACCCUCCUCCAAAUCCUCUCUCGGUUUUGUUGGGUCCGAAAUCGAAGUCAGAAAUUAGUGGGUUCAGUUGGAGCUAUAGCCAAGUGAGAGGAAUGGCCAAUAGAGUGGUUUCAUCAAUACAGAGCUUGCAAGAUUCGGAAUCCAUUACGUACCUAUCGCAGCGAGAAGCGGCCGAGAUUGAUGAGGAACUCAUGGGUCCUCUUGGGUUCAGCGUCGAUCAAUUAAUGGAGUUGGCUGGGUUGAGCGUUGCUUCCGCAAUUGCCGAGGUUUACAGAUCAAAUGAAUAUAAUCGCGUACUUGUCAUUUGUGGACCGGGAAACAAUGGAGGCGAUGGUCUCGUAGCUGUUCGUCACCUAUAUCACUUUGGAUACAAACCAUUUGUUUGUUAUCCAACACGUACUCCUAAGCCUCUUUAUACUGGUCUGGUGACUCAGGUGGAAUCACUGGCCGCUCCUUUCCUCUCAGUGGAAGAUCUACCUAUCUUAUCAAAUGAUUUUGACAUUAUAGUAGAUGCAAUGUUUGGAUUCUCCUUCCAUGGAACCCCAAGGCCACCAUUUGAUGACCUUAUUCGAAGGCUGACCUGUUUGCUAAAUCAUGAUCAAACACCUCGGAGAUCCCCUGUCAUUGUAUCUAUAGAUAUACCAUCAGGGUGGCAUGUUGAAGAAGGAGAUAUCAGUGGUGAAGGCAUCAAACCUGACAUGCUGGUUUCUUUAACUGCUCCUAAACUCUGCGCCAAGAAGUUUUAUGGUCCACACCACUUUCUGGGGGGGAGAUUUGUUCCACCAUCUAUUGUAGACAAAUAUAAGCUUCGACUUCCACCAUAUCCUGGUACUUCUAUGUGUGUUCGAAUUGGAAAGGCUCCACAAAUUGACAUAUCAGCUUUGAGAGAGAACUAUAUUUCUCCUGAGUUUCUUGAGGACCAGGUGAAGCCUGACCCUUUUGAUCAGUUUCAAAAAUGGUUCGAUGAUGCAGUGGCUGCAGGCUUGAAGGAGCCAAAUGCAAUGGCUUUGUCAACUGCUGCUGAAGAUGGGAAACCUUCAUCACGAAUGGUAUUGCUAAAAGGAGUUGAUAAAGAUGGUUUUGUCUGGUACACCAAUUAUGAAAGCCGAAAGGCCCGAGAAUUGUCUGAAAACCCUCGUGCGUCACUUCUUUUCUACUGGGAUGCUUUAAAUCGCCAAGUAAGAGUGGAAGGAUUAGUGCAGAAAGUUUCCGAAGAGGAAUCUGAGCAAUACUUCCACAGCCGUCCUCGAGGAAGUCAGAUUGGAGCAAUAGUUAGCCCACAGAGCUCUGUAAUUCCUGGAAGACAUGUACUCCACCAAGAAUACAAGGAAUUAGAAGCAAAAUUCUCUGAUGGAAGUUUCAUUCCCAAACCCAAACACUGGGGAGGAUACAGACUUAAACCGGAGUUCUUUGAGUUUUGGCAAGGACAGGAAUCUCGCUUGCAUGAUAGGUUGCACUAUUAUCCUAGAGAGAUUGAUGGAAAGAGGGAAUGGAGAAUUGAUCGGUUGGCUCCCUGACUAGCAUCCUCAGCAUCUUCUUUAUGAAGAUGCCAUACAUGACAUGUUUCUAUUUAUUACUUGGUGUUUCUUUCUGUUUCUGUAGUAGCAAGAUGAUGAAUGAUAUAUAGUUUUGUAUUUGGUCCAUGUUUUUUUGAUUGCAGUCUUAAAUUCAUUGAUUAUCUUAGAGCAGCAUUUGAAAGGCAAGGCCUAGAUUUAAACAGGUAGAAUUUUGACUGUCACAAAUGAUAUGAUGUUUUGGAAGUGGCUGUUAAGUCGACAGUACUCAUGUCAUUAUUGGGACCUGAGUUGCUUAACUUAGCCUUGAUGACCAUUAAUAGAUUCUGUUAUUGCAAUCAUGUUCUAUUGACUUCAUUCAUA